UGAGGGCGGGCGGUGGCGCCGUUGCCGCAGUGACAGUAGUGGGGGAGUGGGAAGAUGGCGGCGUCGCGUCGCUCUCAGCAUCAUCACCACCAUCAUCAACAACAGCUCCAGCCCGCCCCAGGGGCUUCGGCGCCGCCACCGCCACCUCCCCCGCCGCUCAGCCCCGGCCUGGCCCCGGGACCCACGCCGGCCUCGCCCACGGCCGGCGGCCUGGCGCCCUUCGCCUCCCCGCGGCACGGCCUGGCGCUGCCAGAGGGGGAUGGCAGCCGGGACCCGCCCGACAGGCCGCGAUCUCCCGACCCGGUGGACGGCGCCGUCUGCACGGUGGCAGCUACGGCCGCGGUCCCGGCAGCUUCCGCCGCCGCCGCCGCCGCCGCCGUCGGAGUGGCUCCCAGCCCCGCCGGCGGUGGCGGUAACAACUCCGCGUCGUCCACUUCUUCCCCGACUUCUUCUUCGUCUUCCUCCCCGUCCUCCCCUGGCUCGAGCUUAGCGGAGAGCCCCGAGGCGGCCGGAGUGGGCUCCACAGCGACUUUGGGACCCGGGGCAGCGGGCUUGGGCCCGGGGGUCCCAGCCGUAAGUGGGGCCCUGCGGGAGCUGCUGGAGGCCUGUCGCAAUGGGGACGUGUCCCGGGUGAAGAGGUUGGUGGACGCAGCGAACGUGAAUGCGAAGGACAUGGCCGGCCGAAAGUCUUCUCCCCUGCACUUUGCAGCAGGUUUUGGGAGGAAGGAUGUCGUAGAACACUUGCUGCAGAUGGGUGCUAAUGUCCACGCUCGUGAUGAUGGGGGUCUCAUCCCACUUCAUAAUGCCUGUUCUUUUGGCCAUGCUGAGGUUGUGAGCCUGUUACUGUGCCAAGGAGCAGAUCCGAAUGCCAGAGAUAAUUGGAACUACACACCUCUGCAUGAAGCUGCCAUUAAAGGGAAGAUCGAUGUCUGUAUUGUGCUGCUGCAGCACGGAGCCGAUCCAAACAUUCGGAACACUGAUGGGAAAUCAGCUCUGGACCUGGCAGAUCCUUCAGCAAAAGCUGUCCUCACAGGUGAAUACAAAAAAGACGAACUCCUAGAAGCUGCUAGGAGUGGUAAUGAAGACAAACUGAUGGCCUUACUGACACCUCUCAAUGUGAACUGCCAUGCAAGUGACGGGCGCAAGUCUACUCCAUUACACCUGGCAGCAGGCUACAACAGAGUUCGGAUAGUUCAGUUGCUUCUGCAGCACGGUGCUGAUGUCCAUGCAAAAGACAAAGGUGGACUCGUACCUCUUCAUAAUGCAUGCUCAUAUGGACACUAUGAGGUCACAGAACUGCUGUUAAAGCAUGGAGCUUGUGUUAACGCUAUGGAUCUGUGGCAGUUCACUCCACUCCAUGAAGCUGCUUCCAAGAACCGUGUAGAAGUCUGUUCUUUGUUACUUAGCCACGGUGCUGAUCCGACCUUAGUCAACUGCCACGGCAAAAGUGCUGUCGAUAUGGCCCCAACUCCUGAGCUCCGGGAAAGACUGACUUAUGAAUUUAAAGGCCAUUCUUUACUACAAGCAGCCAGAGAAGCAGACCUGGCAAAAGUUAAGAAAACCCUUGCUUUGGAAAUCAUUAACUUCAAGCAGCCACAGUCUCAUGAAACAGCACUGCACUGUGCUGUGGCCUCCUUGCAUCCCAAACGAAAGCAAGUGGCAGAGCUGCUACUAAGGAAAGGAGCCAAUGUCAAUGAAAAAAACAAGGAUUUCAUGACUCCUUUGCAUGUCGCAGCGGAAAGAGCUCAUAAUGACGUCAUGGAAGUUCUGCAUAAGCAUGGAGCGAAGAUGAAUGCACUGGACAGUCUUGGGCAGACUGCUUUGCACAGAGCUGCCUUAGCAGGCCAUCUGCAGACUUGCCGCCUUCUGCUGAGUUAUGGCUCCGACCCUUCCAUCAUCUCCCUGCAAGGCUUUACAGCAGCUCAGAUGGGCAAUGAAGCGGUACAGCAGAUUCUGAGCGAGAGUACCCCUAUACGUACUUCAGAUGUGGACUAUCGACUGCUGGAGGCAUCCAAAGCUGGGGACUUGGAAACCGUGAAGCAACUCUGCAGCCCACAGAACGUGAAUUGCAGAGAUCUGGAGGGCCGGCAUUCGACACCCCUGCAUUUUGCUGCGGGCUAUAACCGCGUGUCUGUUGUGGAGUACCUUCUCCACCACGGAGCUGAUGUCCAUGCCAAAGACAAAGGUGGCUUGGUUCCCCUUCAUAAUGCCUGCUCCUAUGGACACUACGAGGUAGCUGAGCUCUUGGUGAGGCACGGGGCUUCUGUCAAUGUGGCAGACUUGUGGAAAUUUACCCCUCUCCAUGAAGCAGCAGCCAAGGGAAAGUAUGAAAUCUGCAAGCUCCUUCUAAAACAUGGAGCAGAUCCAACCAAGAAGAACAGAGAUGGAAAUACACCCCUAGAUCUGGUCAAAGAAGGAGACACAGAUAUUCAGGACCUACUGAGGGGGGAUGCUGCCCUGCUGGAUGCUGCCAAGAAGGGCUGCCUGGCCAGAGUGCAGAAGCUUUGUACACCAGAGAAUAUCAACUGCAGAGACACCCAGGGCAGAAACUCGACUCCUCUGCAUCUGGCAGCAGGCUACAAUAACCUGGAAGUAGCUGAAUACCUUCUAGAGCAUGGAGCUGAUGUCAACGCCCAGGAUAAAGGAGGUUUAAUUCCACUUCACAAUGCAGCAUCUUAUGGGCAUGUGGACAUAGCAGCGUUACUGAUAAAAUACAACACAUGUGUAAACGCAACAGAUAAGUGGGCAUUUACUCCGCUUCAUGAAGCAGCCCAGAAAGGAAGGACACAGUUAUGUGCCCUCCUCCUGGCACAUGGCGCAGACCCAACCAUGAAGAACCAAGAAGGUCAGACACCUUUAGAUCUGGCAACGGCCGAUGAUAUCCGAGCUUUGCUGAUAGAUGCCAUGCCCCCAGAGGCCUUACCUACCUGUUUUAAACCUCAGGCAACUGUGGUUAGUGCCUCGCUGAUCUCGCCAGCAUCCACCCCCUCCUGCCUCUCCGCUGCCAGCAGCAUAGAUAACCUCACCGGCCCUUUGGCGGAGCUGGCUGUAGGAGGGGCCUCCAAUGCAGGGGAUGGCGCCGCCGGUGCAGAAAGGAAGGAAGGAGAAGUUGCAGGUCUUGACAUGAAUAUCAGCCAAUUCCUUAAAAGCCUUGGCCUUGAACACCUUCGGGAUAUCUUUGAAACAGAGCAGAUUACACUAGAUGUGUUGGCUGAUAUGGGUCAUGAAGAGUUGAAAGAAAUAGGCAUCAAUGCAUAUGGACACCGCCACAAGUUAAUCAAGGGUGUUGAAAGACUUUUAGGUGGACAACAAGGAACCAAUCCAUAUUUGACUUUUCACUGUGUGAAUCAGGGGACUAUUUUACUAGAUCUUGCUCCAGAAGAUAAAGAGUAUCAGUCAGUAGAAGAAGAGAUGCAGAGUACUAUCCGAGAACACAGGGAUGGCGGCAAUGCUGGCGGCAUCUUCAACAGAUACAAUGUCAUUCGGAUUCAGAAAGUCGUGAACAAGAAGCUGAGGGAGCGAUUCUGUCACAGACAGAAAGAGGUGUCAGAGGAGAAUCACAACCAUCACAAUGAACGCAUGCUGUUCCACGGUUCUCCUUUUAUUAAUGCAAUUAUUCAUAAAGGGUUUGAUGAGCGACAUGCAUACAUUGGAGGGAUGUUUGGAGCUGGAAUUUACUUUGCCGAAAACUCUUCCAAAAGCAACCAGUAUGUUUAUGGGAUUGGAGGAGGAACAGGCUGUCCCACACACAAAGACCGGUCAUGUUAUAUAUGUCACAGACAAAUGCUUUUCUGUAGAGUGACCCUUGGGAAAUCCUUUCUGCAGUUCAGCACCAUGAAAAUGGCCCAUGCUCCUCCAGGACACCAUUCAGUUAUUGGUAGACCAAGUGUCAAUGGGUUGGCCUAUGCUGAGUAUGUCAUCUACAGAGGAGAGCAGGCGUAUCCAGAAUAUCUCAUCACCUACCAGAUCAUGAAGCCGGAAGCCCCUUCACAGACCGCCACAGCCGCAGAGCAGAAGACCUAGUGACUGCCCUGGUGAUGGCCAGAGUGAGUCAAACCUGCGACUGGAUUACAGUGGAUUGCUUCCAACACACACACACACACACAGACACCAAUAUUCUCUAAACCCGACAGCCGAAAAAUACGCUGUUUGUCUUUUAUAAAGCAUUGCUAGAGUGAUGACACAGGUGAGUGACCGAACACACUCACCUGCCACCAAUCCCUUUGAGGAAAUGUUUACUGGGCGGCCUUGGACGCGUCUUGGGCUCAUUUUCUUACGGUUACCCAUUUCUAGAGCAAGAUGCUUUGCUUAAGACAUAGAAAUGGGACAAGAGAAUAUUCACACACUACAGUUUCUUUGUUGUGUUUGGCACAUGUAUAGCAGAUAGACACAUGUGGCUCACUUUUUAAUUUUGCCAAACAUACAUUGUUGAUGCUUGUUCUUGUUGUUGUUAUUGUUAUUGUUAUUGUUGUUACUUUGAAAAUGAGCCAGAGUCUUCCUGGGAUAUUUUGCACAGUCACACUGACUAAAAUCAUUAGCAAUGCAACCAGAGCUUCUGGCUGAGCAAGACACUGUUCCCACUUCUCUUGUUAGAUUUUGUCUCUGCUUCUUCUGAACGUAAGGGAAAGCAUCAAGAUUUGUUCCCUUUUAGAAGCUGGCCCAUCUUACAAGGAAGGGCAUAAACAUCUCUCUGCUCUUUGCAGUCCACAGGGUUCACAGGACCAUGCUCCAGAUGCCAAACGAGCAUUGCUGAGGAGAGGUUUAAGGGAGGCGGUUGUGACUUCUCCUGGGGAAUGACUAGCAGCUUGUGAGGGAGGAACCCAGUAAGAGGGGGCGGAGUAGAACACAGGGCCUUGUGGCCGCAGCCAGGCAAACCCAGGGAUGUCUCAAUAAAACCUUCACUUAAUCUGAA